UAACCUCAUUUGGGUCAUUUUCAACUUUUACGAGAUACGUAAGUCGCUAUUUCUUUUCCUCUCACCUAAACGCUACGAACGAUUCUUCUCGAAAAUUCCUACGCCUCUCCGUGUUCUCGCUUCGUCGUCUGCGAAUCGAUUGAGGUUAAGUAUGUCAAGAGCCACGUACAUAAUCGGUGCCCUUGCAGGAUCUGCUGUAGUAGCCUACGUGUGUGACAAAGUCAUUUCUGAUAAUAAGCUAUUCGGAGGCACUACUCCAGGAACUGUUCUAAACAAGGAAUGGUCGGCUGCGACUGAAGAGAGAUUACAAGCAUGGCCAAGAACCGCUGGUCCUCCAGUCGUGAUGAACCCUAUCAGUCGCCAGAACUUCAUCGUCAAGUCACGCCCUGAAUAAGUGUUUCUGUUUCUGUGCAUCGUUCUCAUUCGUUAUGGAUUCAUUACAAUAUUUGCGCUUUUGUUGGCCUUUGCUUUGAUUUUGAGGAUCCGGCUAUUUUCUCUAGCUGGUUGUAGUAAUAAUAAUUUGUGGGGAUGGAUACACAUUAUUCAGUCCAAGCUUUUCGAGAUGCAUUGCUUUCUGUAAUGUUUGUUGAUUUUGACGAUAAAUGAAAUCGAGCCAACAGCUAUUUCUCA